UCACAUGUGUUAAGCCUUAGCUCACUGGUUGUUUUGCAGGGAGGGUAGGAGCAUCGCCAUGUCACCUACCACUAGAAGUCCGGUUGAAGAUAGCAAGAGGGUUAGCCCGAGGGCUAGCCUUCCUCCACGAGAAGAAACAAGUCCAUGCCAACAUCAAGCCUAGCAACAUCUUGUUAAGCCAAGACAUGGAGCCCAUCAUCUCCGACUUGGGCCUGGACCGGCUCAUAUACGGCACCAGCAAGGCCGGCAACGGCUCCUCGAGCCGACACUUCGGUAGCAGCCAGAGGUCGAUGGUUGGUACAACGACGUCACUGGACAACCACAUGAUGGCGGGUACCGGUAGUAAUGUUAAUGUCGCCAACAAUAAUGGUAUGAUGAUAGCUGCCAGUCCCUACGCCACACCCAACUCUUCAGUCGUUGCGGGUCCCUCCCCUUACCAGGCGCCCGAGUCUCUGAAGAACUUAAAACCAAACUCCAAAUGGGAUGUCUACUCGUUCGGGGUCGUGUUGCUGGAGCUCCUGACGGGGAGGGUGUUCACCGAGCGGGAGCUGAGCCAGUGGGCGCCCACCACGUGUUCUGAGGAUCGGAGCUGGAUGUCCAGACUGGCUGACGUGUCGGUCCGGGGCGAGGUGGAGGCCAGGGAAGAGGCGGCCAUGGUGGCAUGUUUCAAGUUAGGGUUUAGUUGUGCUUGCCUUGUGCCACAAAAGAGACCGUCCAUGAAGGAAGCGGUGCAAGUGUUGGACAAGAUCCCUUCCCAUGCCCACUACGUCCCUCACUUUGUUGUUCAAAGCUAAUUGAUGAUGAUUUCUGAUUUUGGUUCGUGGGACCCAUUUGAAUGGAAAUGAAAAAAAAAAAAAAAGUGUCACAGUGCAAUGUUGUUUAUCUUAAAGGGUUGUUUGGCUGUACCCUUUCUCUUUUUCUAAUGCUUUGUUGACCUUUUGGAGAUGUUGGGACAAAGGUAGAAGGGAGGUAUAUUUGGGGUAUCUAAUGUGUUGAAACUUGAAAGUGACCAUGUUCUUGUUAAUUUGACCAUAUGAUUAAUCAAAUCUUCUUUGUUAC